AUGUCUAGAACCUCCACUUCACAGUUUGGAGAAAAAGGAGAGACGGGCAACAGCAAAAAGGACUCCCUGAGAAAUGCCACGGAGCUGCCUCACAGCCCUGGUCAGCAGCACUACCUCUGUCUGGCUCCACCCCUGGAGACACCUACCACCCCUUAUCAUGAGGUCUCACCUCAUCUCUUCUUUAAAAUACGGGAAGGUGGAGCACUACCAGGCAUUUUGGCUGUUGGUGAUGAUGCAGCUCUAAAUGGCAUCCACCUGCUCUGCACGGAUGGGACAGUCACUGAGUCUUCCAUGGGAAAGGCAGCAACUUCUGGGGACCCUGAAGGAAAACCAGCACAAUGGUAUCUCCACAGGCACCCAUACCCCCUAGGAAGGUGGCUCCCUGUCCUGCUUGAGGAAGUGAUUGAGGUUCCCCUAGCCACAAAGUGUGGAGGUCUUGGGAAGAGAUGCAGUAUCUGUGUGAUGACACAGCAGCCGACAAGGCUGAGGUUCACCUGCACAGAUGGGACGAAGCUGGAGGGCUUGGGAGUUUUAGGGGAUCACUUUGGUGCAUGGAGCAGCACCUGCACCUCUGAGCCCAUCUGUGGGCUCCAGACAAAAGUGGAGGAACCCCCAGGAAUAGGGGAUGACACAGCUCUCAAUGACAUCAGAGUCUUCUGCUGUGAAUGA